AUUGUGUCGUUCGUCGGGAACAUUCUGGAUGGUGCUCGAAAUAUUGAUCGUUUUCGCGUCGUUUCGGGAUUCUACUCCGUUUGAUAUAAAAGCGCUCGGGUUUCGCGGCAAAGUCAGUAAGUUUUAAAUAAGUGUCGAACACAGUUGAGUUUUUUCGACGCAAAGCGAGACAACAAAGUUUUCUAGCAAAAAUGGUGAAAAAAUCUCCUGCAGUGGGUAUUGAUUUGGGUACCACAUAUUCGUGUGUUGGUGUCUGGCAACAUGGAAAAGUGGAAAUCAUCGCCAACGACCAAGGAAACCGCACAACCCCCAGUUAUGUUGCUUUUACAGACACCGAGCGUCUACUUGGAGACGCCGCAAAGAACCAAGUUGCCAUGAACCCAUCUAACACUGUCUUCGACGCAAAACGACUAAUUGGACGCAAAUUCGAUGAUCCCAAGAUCCAACAAGACAUCAAACAUUGGCCGUUUAAAGUCGUCAACGACCAUGGAAAACCAAAACUCCAAGUGGAACACAAGGGCGAAACUAAAACGUUCGCACCUGAAGAAAUCAGCUCCAUGGUUUUAACAAAAAUGAAGGAAACUGCAGAGGCGUAUCUUGGAACAACUGUAAAAGAUGCUGUUGUUACCGUUCCAGCCUACUUCAACGAUUCCCAAAGGCAAGCCACUAAAGACGCUGGAGUGAUUGCUGGUCUAAAUGUAAUGAGAAUUAUUAACGAACCUACCGCAGCUGCCCUUGCUUAUGGCCUGGACAAGAAUCUAAAGGGCGAAAAGAACGUCCUGAUUUUCGAUCUUGGAGGCGGAACUUUCGAUGUGUCCAUCCUAACUAUUGAUGAAGGUUCACUAUUCGAGGUAAAAUCGACGGCAGGCGACACCCAUCUUGGAGGUGAAGACUUCGACAACCGUCUAGUCAAUCACUUCGCCGAUGAAUUUUUGAGAAAAUUCAAAAAAGACCUCCGCAGCAACCCAAGAGCAAUUAGAAGAUUGAGAACAGCAGCUGAGCGGGCAAAACGAACUUUGUCCUCCAGCACCGAAGCCACUCUGGAAAUUGAUGCUCUAUUCGAAGGGGUGGACUUCUACACUAAAAUCUCCCGAGCCAGAUUCGAAGAAUUGAAUUCCGAUCUGUUCAGAGGAACUUUACAGCCGGUUGAAAAGGCACUUAAGGAUGCCAAAAUGGAUAAAGGCUCUGUGGAUGACAUUGUUCUAGUGGGAGGCUCUACCAGGAUUCCGAAAAUUCAACAGCUGCUGCAAAACUUCUUUAGCGGCAAACCGUUAAACCUCAGCAUCAACCCUGAUGAGGCUGUAGCCUAUGGGGCUGCCGUGCAAGCUGCAGUUUUGAAUGGAGAAACUGACUCGAAGAUUCAGGAUGUGUUGCUUGUAGAUGUAGCGCCGCUGUCUUUGGGUAUUGAAACAGCCGGAGGCGUAAUGACGAAGAUCAUCGAAAGAAAUUCGAGAAUUCCAUGCAAGCAGACCCAGACGUUCACCACCUACUCCGACAACCAACCGGCUGUAACCAUUCAAGUAUUUGAGGGCGAAAGAGCCAUGACCAAAGACAACAAUCUCUUGGGCACGUUCGACCUAACUGGCAUUCCUCCGGCCCCUCGUGGUGUUCCUAAAAUCGAAGUUACCUUCGAUAUGGACGCUAAUGGCAUCCUAAAUGUUUCUGCGAAAGAUAACAGUUCAGGCAGAGAAAGAAACAUCACCAUCAAGAAUGAUAAGGGCCGACUAUCUCAAGCCGAUAUCGACAGGAUGCUUUCUGAGGCCGACCGAUACAAGGACGAAGAUGAAAAACAGAGGCAAAAAGUGGCUGCACGCAACUCUUUGGAAUCCUACAUCUUCCAAGUCAAGCAAGCUGCUCAAGAGUGUGGCGAUAAAUUAAGCUCAGACGAUAAAGCAACAGUUGAACGGGAGUGUUCUGAAGCCCUCAAAUGGCUGGACAGCAACACUUUGGCGGAAAAAGAGGAGUUUGAAGACAAGCAGAAGGAGUUGCAGAGGUUAUGCAGCCCAAUUAUGAGCAAACUGUAUGGAGGAGGAGCGCAAGCUCCACAUGGAGGUUUCCCAGGAGGACCGCAACAGGCUAAUGGAGGGCCUAAAGUAGAAGAGGUUGAUUAAAGCCAAUUCUAAUGCAUUUAAUUACAUUUUCAUAUAGUAUUUUUAUAUUCCUCAGUAUAUUACCGUUAUUCUCUUAAUACUCAUAAAUAUGUCGGUUUAUUGCUUACUGAGAGCUUGUAGGCAUUAUUAAUGUUAACUAAUGUGUAGUAAAACUUACAUAAAUGUUAUGAAAAAUAAAGUAUAUUUGUUGCUUAA